AUGCCAGAUCUCUAUUACCACGAUGACGGAUAUUUUCUGCUCAGAUUUAACUCCCAGGGAGACAAGGAAGUAGUCAUGAUGAAAGGCCCAUACACGAUUCGAAAUAUGCCCAUGAUAUUGAAGGAAUGGAAAACGGGUUUCAACCUAAAGAAGGAUCUGCUAAGAACAUUACCUAUAUGGGUCACACUCCCCCAACUUCCCCUGCACUUAUGGGGGGGAAAAAGUCUCAGCAAAAUUGGAAGUGCUAUUGGCAAACCAUUGGUGACUGAUGAGUGCACGGCAAACAAAUUUCGUGUAUCAUAUGCAAGACUGUUGAUUGAAGUAGACAUUACACAACCAUUGAUUGAUGAAAUAGCCAUUAGAAAUGUUGAAGGUGACAUAAUAAUGCAACCUGUGAAAUAUGAAUGGAAACCAACAUUCUGUGAAACAUGUCAAAAAAUGGGGUAUAAAUGUGAAGAUCGAGGGAAGAACCAACAAUGGAGACUAAAACCCAAACCACCAGAAAUAGCCAAGACCAUAACGCCUGUAAAACAACCUGAAAGAGAAGAGGCAACAGGGGAAGGAGGAGAAUCUUGGACAAAAGCACGAAAGUAUGUACGAGAUAAAGGUAAAAACAUAUUGACUGAUACAAAUAGCAACAUCAACUGUAACAAUGGUUUUGAAGCACUUGAGGUUUUGAAUGACCAUCAAGUGAUCUCAAACCUUGAACCAUGUUAG